AUGGCCCACUCUGGGGGCUCAUCUAGCGGCAACAGCUUCACUGUCAAGCUGCUCGCCUCAUAUGCAUUUGACUGGAUCGUCUUGAUUGUUAUUACUGUGGUUGCUGGGUUUUUGGGACGCAUUGAGCCGAAUAAACGGCCAUUUUCGUUGCAGGAUCCCAAUAUUUCAUUCCCCUUUGCCGAAAAGGAAACCGUUCCCUCAUGGCUUCUCGUCGUUCUCUGCGCCCUGGCCCCCGUCGUCAUCAUCCUCUUCGUCUCCCUGAUCCUCGUGCCCGGCAACACCGUCCCCAAAAACACCAGCAAGGCCCUUAUCUGGAAGCGAAAAGUAUGGGAGCUCCACGUCGGUUGGCUGGGCCUCCUCAUGGCCGUCGGCUCAGCCUUUUUCUUUAUUAGCGGUAUCAAGAAUAUGUGUGGAAAGCCGCGGCCCGACUUGCUCUCCCGAUGCCAGCCCGACGUCGCCAACGCCUCAAAAUACAUUGUCGGCGGGUUUGGCAAGAAUAUUACUGCGUUCACCUUGUACUCGGGCGAUAUCUGCAUGCAAAAAGACCGUAAGAAGCUCGAUGAUGGAUUUCGCAGCUAUCCCAGUGGUCACGCUGCCGCUGCGGCUGCAGGGCUGAUAUACUUGUCGCUGUUUUUGGCGAGCAAGUUUUCCGUCACGCUGCCGUUUGUGGUGCCCUCGGGUUCUGCGCCGCUCGAUGGCUCGAUGCAUACUGCUUUCCCGUCGCGAAUGAAUUCCGGCGGCGCCGACCCCUAUGAGGCGAGUCGUUUGCGCGAUGGAAAUAGCGAGUACGGCAAGGCGAGGGUUGUUAGCCGCAACGCCCAGCACAAUACUCGAUUGCAGUCUCUUAGAAGACAGGCUGCCGCGCCGCCUGUAUAUCUGCUUGCCAUUACUUUGGUUCCGUUCUGUGUGGCCAUCUUCAUUGCUGCGUCGAGAUGGUUCGAUUUCCGCCAUCAUGGAUUUGAUAUCCUGUUUGGCUUCCUCAUAGGUACUGUUACCGCUGUUUACAGCUUCCGAUACUACCAUUUGCCCAUUGCCGCUGGCGCUGGUUGGGCCUGGGGUCCUCGCAGCGAUGAUCGUGCGUUUUGGGCUGGCGUCGGCAGACUGGGCUUUGCCGGUGAUAAUUUGGACGACUACCCGCGGCGUAUGGAUCCAUCUGAUCUCGGCGAGUCGGGCGACGUAGAUGUUGGCGGCAUGCGGGGAGCAUCAGGCGCAACUGGUGCUGUACACCGUGGAGAGAGACCAGCUGGUCCUGGAGAGUUCCAGUUCCGCGACGUGGAGCUUGAUAGAAUGGAUCGAAGGGCACAGGCACCUGGGUACGCUCAGGCUCAUUAA